AUGGCGCCACCCUCAUUGCCUUCACAUGUUGACAUGGACGUCGUCUCCAAACUUUUGCAAGAUGUGAAUGAGCAUGUCCAAGCCCUUGGCUCGGGAGACCUCAAAGCACGCGAAGCAGCGGUUGAGGCUUGUCGGUCGCUUGCCGCAACCCUGGAAACUCCCAGUGAGGCGGUGGUGAGAAUGACAUGGGUCGAGCCGAGCCAUCUUGCAGCGCUGCGCAUGGCUGUUGAUCUGCGGCUCUUUGAUCAUCUUGCUGCAGACCAGGGUUGUCCGAAAACCAGUGAUCAAAUUGCGGCAGCGUGCUCAGGGGAGCCAUGGUUGGUUGACCGAAUGAUGAAGCAUCUCGCUGCGAUGAACACCCUCCGUCAAGUCGAUGUAAACAGCUACGUGCCAAAUCCUUUUGCACAAGCCAUGACGAAAUCCAUCUUUAGGGAAAGCAUUGUUUUGAUGCACGAUAUCUGCAUCCCGAUUAACCUGAAGACAGCGGAGUUCUUUGCAGAGAAUGGCUAUACAAGCCCAACCAAUGCACUCGACACACCGACGCAACAUACAUUCAAUGCAAAGGGGAAAACGCAUAUCUUAGACAUAUUCGCGCAACAGGGCCAGACCCAUGGACUUGCCAGUAUGAUGGCUACGUGGAUGCUCGACCGGCCGCAUUGGUCCGACGACGACUUGGGAUUCUAUCCUGUGAAGGAACGACUAAUACAGGGCGUGACGGGCGACGAGGAGUCCGUCUUUCUGGUGGAUCUCGGAGGUAGUGUAGGGCACGAUCUGGAGAAGUUUCUCGUUCGACACCCGUUCGAUACCUUCCCAGGGCAUCUGGUCCUUCAAGAUCGUGCUGAAGUUAUCGAAUCGAUCCCCGAGAAUAGCUUGAGGGCUGGGAUUCGCGCAAUCGCCCAUGACUUUUUCACCCCACAACCCGUACAAGGGGCGAGAACGUAUUUCUUGCACAGUAUCAUCCAUGACUAUCCCGACGACAGGGCACAGCUGAUUCUGAAGAACAUCGCUCGAGCAAUGAAGAAGGGACACUCCAAACUUAUCAUAUGGGAUUUCGUGCUUCCCGACAAGGCUCUGGCCUCGACGCUGACAGCUCUCGAUUGGGAAAUGAUGUCCUUUUACGCCGCGAGUGAGAGGUCGGAGGGUCAGUGGAAGACACUGCUUGAGGAUCCCGAGAUUGGGUUGAAAGUCAACGGGAUCUGGAGCUACAGUCAGUUUGACCAGAGCGUGAUUGAAGCAGAACUGGCUUGA